CCCCAACAUCCAAACCAAGCCAAAGACCUUUACUACUACUCUCCUCUGAGACAGGGAACUCCAACAAAUCCACAAGCCAUAUAUUAUACUAUCCGCUACCUCUCCCCAGUCACCACGGAGAAAAAGCAAAACAACAUGUGCUUUGGCACCAGCAAACGUGAACGAGCCCGCCUCGAAAAACAACCGCAGACCCAAACGCAAAGCAAUAGUCAAUACUACUACAGACCGAACCCGUACUAUAAGCGGAGCAGCGGUCGCUCGCGAUGGAAUGGACAUAGUCAUGGAGGUGGAGAUGGAGGGGGGAGCGGUGGAGAUGGGGGAGGAGGUGGUGGUGGUGGUGGUUGUGAUGGAGGUGGAGGAGGUGGAGGAGGUGGAGGAUGUUAGGAUAAUGGUGAGGUGACUGUAUGCUGAUACUGGAAGAGAUGGUGGGUAUAGAGGGAAAUUGAUAUAAGAAUGCGUGGCAAUUUGAUUUUUGUAAUAGAUACACUCACAUAAACAAGCAUGAAGCACUUUUACCCCCUUUUCACCCCCUUAAUCGAAAGCUAGAUCGAAAGACAUCCUGGAACAUGGUACAUGUGUAGGAUGCACAGAGACAGGAGACUUAAAAUUCAUCGUGGAAACCCGACUCACGGCCCGCAGGAGCGGUAUCAUACACCUGCUCUCCGAAGAGACGAAGCUGCAAACCUAAACGCGGCUCUCCGUAGUGUGCAUUGACGUCAUUCUUCUUCAAAACCAUACGAUGUAAAGGGCUCCAUCCCUC